GCGGAAUUACUCGAGGGAUCCAACUGCGCUCUGUUGGUACAGUCGACAGAAGCUAUGUUGAGAGAAAUUCUACCUGCUACCAGCACUCCCACGUUGUACAUCGACAACCAGGCUGCGAGCAACUUACUCAAUGGUUCCUCUGGGAGCUGGCGGACGAGGCACCUACGGAUCCGCCAUGCCUACGUGAUGGACCGCGUCAAGAGUGGAGAACUCCACGUCCAGCACCUGGCUGGAGAAGACCAACCUGCAGAUCUACCGACGAAGCUGCAUUUCAAGGCGAGGCUGCUACACCUACUCGGGACCUGGGGGAUGAUAGGCCUGGCCGGGUUGAAUGAGAAGAAGGGAUUGCAGUGCUUGAAGUUGGGAUGCGUGUUUUUGCUAUUGUUGGCAGUUCAGUCUUUGGCGGUGUCGGCUGCCAAAGAGCCUCUUCCAACGGUUGGAACCAUGGAGCUGUUCGUGCUGCUGAUUCUCACGUGUAUUUCUGCAGUGGCUCUGUGGGAAGCCGGAAAGGCUUUGGGCAGUUGGGCCUAUCCGAGGCUCUUUGGGUCGAAGCGUGAAAGAAAAAUCCGCAAGCUGAAGGAGCUCGCAAGGAUCGCAGCUGAGGCUGAGAUCGAGAAGUGGAUGGACGAAGAUGAAGCUCCCUCAAGUGAGAGAGUCCUUCAGGACGGCGACCACAGCUAUGAGUGGAUCUACAAGGCCGAGGACCACUUCCCCGUUGCCCAGUCCUACUACCGAGUCGAGCCCGAGAAGCCCAACUCCAACGAUGAGACCUACGGCCCCAAUGGGAGAGUCGAGAACGAGUGUGUUUGGCGACACAAGGCCGGCAACACCACCGUUGCCGGCCUCAUGACAGUCCAACACCUACGGGAUGGAUUGGCCGCUGAGGGCCUUCCUGUGAGUGGUGUGAAGUCAGAUUUGGCCCGAAGACUUGGGAAUCAGCUUGGUGACGAGCCAUCACCAAGCCACUUGCCUACGACUCGCCAGCUCCGCUACGUCUUGUGGACCUGGAGGCACUUUCAGCUGUCAGGGCGGACCCAGCUUUUGUGGGUCAACUUGGCAACCAGAGCAGCCGUCUCAGAAUGGCUGGCACGAUGGAACAGAAGCGGCAUGGCGGCCCAAGGGCCGAACUACGGUGGCGUGGAUACUGGUGGAGCCGGUGGUCCUACACCUGAGGGAGGAAGCAGAGCUGUCACGACGGGUUCGGAAGUUUUGGAGCAGCCAAGGGGUAGCGGAUUGCCCCGCCGCACAACUUCUUCGACUUCGAGCAGGCCCAGAGUGGAGUUUCCAGAUGGAUCUGGUGCAGUGAACACUGGACAGCGUGUGGAUGCGACCACUGGGUCGGCUCAGGACGUAGCAACCGGAUCUGGCGUGGACGCUGGGCAACAUGUGGGUGCGACUACAGGACCGCCUCAGGACGCAGCAACCGGACCUGGCGCGAAUACUGGGCAAAGUGCGGAAGCGACGACUCGAUCGGCUCAGGACGUAGCAACCGGAUCUGGCGCGAACACUGGACGGCGUGUGGAGGCGACCACUGGAUUGGCUCAGACUGUGGCAACCGGACCGGACGCGAACGUACGAAGGUUUCAGGGUGAGACUAUGGGGAUUCGUAGCAGGCCAGGUCAGCAACAACCUCAGCACACCACUGCAGCCCAGCCUCAGCAGUACAACAUCAGCACACCACCGCAGCAACCGGCAGCGAGUCCUGAGGCGACAGCGCACUUCCUGCCCGAGGGUGCCAAUGCCUUGGUUGCUCUUCAUGCUAGGGCUUCACGGUUUGUGAGAGCCGAGACCAUGGAUGGGAGCCACAAUGCAGCUGCGGUCGAGGUGGGUGAGGUUGCAGAUGCCAACGGUGACCAGAUGGUUUGGUUUACGAGGAUACGGGGAAUGCUUCAGCGCGGAUUGGAGGAGGUGCGGAAGGCUGUGCAACAAGCGAUGCAGAGCAGAGACACCAAGGUGAACGAACUGCAGGAGUUGGUGGUGGAACAGGGCCUUCAGUCGAGGGCAACCGUGGCGCUCCAAUGGAACGUGGAGGAGUCACUGGCCCGCCUGAGAGGCAACAUCUGCCGGAACGAGGGGAUCCCCGUGCUGACCGUGAAGGUGCAAAUCGAGUUUUUGGUGCUCCCCCUGGUCUUCCUGUGCCAUCUCGACGAGUCCCAGGUGAUCUUGGAAGACAGGGAGGUGGGCAAGCUUCUGGGUUUGAGGAUGCUAGCAUACCGGCAGCUAGACCUGAUGGUGGUGAGGGCCGAUGCCACCAUCUUGGACCCAGACAAGGAUGACAAGAGCCCAGCGGCUCACAUGGGCCUUCUGGCCCAGGGCAUACAGCAACUUCAGCAGCUCCAACUCAAGAAGGACACCCAGGACCCGGAGCUGUUGAAGGGCGCCGUGAUGCUCCCGGCCUUGCCAGAGCCCUACCAGGACUCCAGUGCGGUACUGUUCUUGGAGUGGAUCUAUGAAACAGGGCAGCUGGUGGGGUCGAUCACGGACAAGGCGACGAGCUGGUGGAACAACAACCUUGAGUUGGCGAAGGAGGCGUACUACAAGUUCCAGAAUGAGUCGCCGCUUAAGCGCCUGUCCAUUGCGGUGGGCGACGAUGAUGUCGUGGGUGGGGAAAAAUGGGCCCGGCUGGAGAAGAGGGUGAUGGCCCUCCUUUUGGCUUCUAUGAGUCCCAGUGUCAAGGCCGAGAUUACCAUGUUGCGCAUUGAUCGGGUGAAACACUGCCUGUACAAGCUGUACACAAUCUAUGCCCCGGGUGGAGCAAGUGAACGGGCGAGCCUGAUGAAGCAGCUGGAGUACAUCCAACCCCAGAACAACAUCAUCGACAUGAUUGCUGCUCUUCGGCGGUGGAAAAAGUUGAUCGGGAGGGCGGCUGAGAUGGGAGUGUCACUUCCUGAUGGGAGCGUCCUGCUUGUGGCUGUUGAGGCGGCCAUUAAACCCAUCGCCGAGGCCCAGAAGGAUGUCAACUUUAAGUUGAAUAUGGCCAAAAGCGAGCUCAGCCUCCCCUAUAAGCCAGCUUUGUCCUCAGUGUUGACGUACGCCGACCAUGUUAUUGCGGAGCUCCAGCAGGUGAUACCGUAUGGCAAGGAUCAGAGUGCCAAGCUCAAGGGUGUGACCACGGACAACCGCGCGCCCUCGUCAGCGGCUACUUCACCAACGGGUAAGGGCCAGAAGCAGCAGUCACCUUGCAAGUUUUGGUCCACGGACGAGGGAUGCCGGGAACUCAACGACAUCAACUACGUCAACGGCACAGAUUGUGACAACGACAUCUACUACCUUGGGACCCGCUUCUACACAACCGGCAUAAGGGAGUUGGCGGAGCAGUUCCUUGCGAAGAUCAAGAGGUUGGCACCCUUGCAAGCUGUUACGGACAACGCAGUGGUGGACCUGGAGCUCUUGCUACGCUCCCAAGGCCUUGGGGAGAGCCAUGGCAUGGCUUUGCUGGACAGCGGGGCCUCACAUGCCUAUAGAGCUCCCAAAACGCUUGAGGAGACCAAGGAGGCGAAGCAGGUCAAGGUGCAACUUGCUGAUGGACGCCAUGUAUUCCUUCGGCAAACCAAAGGGGGCACAUUGCUGGCGGAGGACGACAGCGGUGGAACGAUCCUUCCUUUGGGAAGCCUGGUGAGUUCCUUGGGAUGCAAACUGGACUGGAGCAAGCGAAAGGGCCUUCGCAUAACGCACCCCGAGCACGGCUUGUUGCCAACAAAGCUGGUAGGCAACACCCCAGUCCUCCGCGAGGCCGAAGCGCUCCAGCUGAUCGCGGACCUGGAACAGCUAGAGCUUGACAAGCUAGAGAAGAACAACACGGACGGAGUCCUCAAGAUGAUGUCUGCUGAGGAGCCUCAACUUACAUGGUUGGAUCAUCUGGAGGAGUUUGUGCAAAAGGGCGAACGAGCUUGUCUGAGGAGGAUGCUCUUGGACGAGGAGUCCCCUCUGGAUGCAGUGGCCGAGGCGGAGGUUGUGAACCUGAUCGGUGUCGAUGAUCGCCUCCUAUUGUCCGAUGAGGCGGGUGCCCACUACUUGAAGUCGCUCCCCAUCAACAGGGCUAUGAGGAAGCGGUUACUGAAGACAAGAUGGGUGGUUCAUUUGUACAAUGGGGAUGAAAAGGGCGAGGAGUUUGCCAGAGCCGAGUCGGAGGAUGUGACGGUGAUCCGAAUGGACGUGCGAGACUCCAAGGCCUAUGACCUCAGGUGCCGAGCAUCCUUGUGCGCACCUUUCUUCUGUAUGGAAGCCCCCACCUGGCAUCCUCUGUGGACGAGCUCGGCAUGGAUCAAGUUCAAAGACGAGAUGCGGUUCCUCAAGUACCACUCAGUGGGAACACCAGGCAACAUGUACUUCAUGGCGUCCUCAUUGGGUUUGUCGGAUGGGAUGGACAUUGAGGAAGCAGCCAUCAUGCCAGACUCAACUGGCGCCGCAGCGACCUACGAAGGCAUGAAGAAGGGCGCAUCGACGAUGCUUGACCCCGAGCGCCUACACGUUGUCCUUGGAUAUUUGCGGCCCUAUGAGGACUCGCUGGAUCUUCCCAGGGACCACAAGAUGCCUGCAGUCGAAGAGGAAGAUGACGUCGAACCGGAGUUGGACCCCUUUGAGGAGGAGGACAAGGCCGACGAUCCACCGGAGGAGGAGGAUGAAGAGCAGAAGGCCCUCAAUGAGAGGUUCAAGCGGAUCUACAAGGACAUCGGUGACGACAUUGAGUACCAGACGCUCAAUUUUGCGGUCCCAAUGACAUCCCGCACAUCCAAGGAGGUGCGGGCGAAGAUCCAGCACAUCUAUCUUCAACUCCGCCAGCAUGGGCUACCUCUUGUGCGAAUACACUCCGACCGAGGCUUGGAGCUCAAGGCCAAGGAGACCCGAAGCUGGAUGGCAGACAGGGACAUCUUGGCGACUACUGGGGAGAGCCAGCAGCCGCAGCAGAACGGACGAGCUGAGGCUUUGGUCCGGGAGAUCAAGCGCCGCGUGAAGGUCCUACUCAGGGCCUCGGGCCUCCCAGCAACGUGUUGGCCGGUGGCAGCUGAGUUUGCAGCAAGGCGACAAAGGGAUUUGGCCCUAGGGAACUACGAGGACAAGGACCUCGCCUUUGGAGCCCCGACGCAUGUGAAGUACAAGCGCUUCGGUGAAGGCGGACGAUAUGACCUACUGGAGCGAUGGAAGGAGGGCUUGUUUGUGGGCUACUCCAAUGAUGUGAAGAGCGGCCGUGUGGUACGUCAUGGAGAUGGUUCCUACACGACUUCAGUCCACAUCAGACCCUACCUGGUGGAUUCGGAUGAUCUGGUGCAGCUUGGCCUUGUGGACGCCAACAACGACAUCGACAACCUCGCGAAAUCGUUCCUCGACAACAACCAGUUCCGGCCCGAGCAUGUUGUUGAGUUGUGGAAAUACCUCAAGGCCAAGGCCAGACCAACCUCAAGAACCACCCAAGGAGAAGGCCUUCAAUGGUUGAUUGGCCAGUACACCUACGGAAGCCAAUGUGGGAUUGUGAAUGACACGUACCUCCACCCCGCAGCAACCACUUACUUAGUGCGAGCCUUCAAGGAGAUGACUGGGAGGGACGACUUCACGGCCUUGCUCCUCACCGAGAAUGUGGGCAUGAAGUGCCACCGUGAUGUUCACAACAAUGGGGCCCGAAGCAACUGGCUACUUCCUUUACAACAAUGCGAUGAAGGUGGAGGUGUAUGGAUGGAGUCCUCUUCCGAGGCCUACAGCUACGACGAUGAGUGGCGUGAAUUGCCAAAGGGAGGAUGGAGAAGAGGCCGUGUUCAUGAACUACAACCUGGCGUUCCUUUGGAAAUCAACCCCAGGCGCUAUCAUGCCACAGAGCCAUGGACCGGAACGAGACUUGUGAUCACAGCCUACACCCCAAGGACUACAAGAAUGAAACCUGAUACUCAUGAGACCCUCUGUGAGUUCGGCUUCAACCCACCUCCUCUACUACCUCGUGUACCUGAUCAACUACAACAGACAGUGCUGAAGAUGUUGACUAUGACUGAGGCCAAGGAUGAACCCGAGGCGGUGAUGUUUUUGGUCAACGAGGUCGAGGAGGAGAAGCGCGAAAAGGCAAGGGAUGUCAGCAGGGAACUACGGCAACUACAAGAUGAUGUGUUGAACCGUCUCAAGGAAAGGCGUGAGUGGCUGCGCGAGUUCCUGGCUGAGGAGGAGAUCCUUGCUGAAGAGCUGAAUAUUGUGGGCGAGGCCAUCAAUGAGGAGAUUGAGGGUGUCAAUGGUGCAGUUCGCGACCUUAUCAAGGACGUGGAGGAGCAGAUCCAGAAGACCGAGGACAAGUGCCACAGCUUGUAUCUGAAGGUGGCCAAUGUCAAUGAUGACAAGGAGAUUGGGGACAUCGAGGAGUAUUUGUCCAAUCUCAAGAAGGACCUGGACGUCACGCUGGAUGUUCCGCUCGACCAAGUCAGGCGCAACUUGGACAAAUGGGUCGAUCCCUUGAGGAAGGAACUCGCGAACCUCGAGGAGAAGACGGACGCGAUUGAGCGACGACCUAUAGCAGAGGCCAGGGCACUGGAACGCGAGGGGAAACUUAUCCUGAUUCCGGGGAAGGUCGUGUGCACAGUCAAGCCGCCACCCCCACCAGAGACAGUGGCCCCAAAGGAGCAGCAGCCACGCUGGAAGCGCAAGGCCAGGGUGGUGAUAUGUGGCAAUUAUGCUGGACAAUGGCACGACCCAAACGACCUCUUCGCGGCCGGAGCAAGUGCCGAAGGACUACGGCUAGCUCUCGCUCUUGCAGUUGCUAUGUCCUGGAGUGUGGCCUCUACGGAUGUGUCUGCGGCCUUUUUGCAGGCGCUAUGGCCAACGAAUAGGCCAACCUACGGAGUGCUGCCGCCAAAGGUUCUCCUGCAAGCGGGUUUGGUGGAACCGGAGGUGGUAUUCAUCGUGAAGCGGGCGCUCUACGGAUUGCGAGAAAGUCCUGCGCUAUGGGCGGCUCACAGGACAGAAGUCCUCAAGGAGCUGGUGGUGGAAACUGGAGAUGGGCGGAUCUUCCUGAAGCAAAUGAUGACGGACAGCGAGCUGUGGAUGAUCCUGGAGGAGCCCAAGGCGGGUGGCCAACCAAGCCUGAAGGGCAUCCUUGUGACUUAUGUGGAUGAUAUCCUCUACCUGGCCGACAACCCGGUGAUCAACCUCAUACAUGGAAGGAUCGGGGCAAUCUGGCCCUGUUCUCCCUUGGAGUAUGCGACGGACGGCCUGAGGUAUUUGGGGAUGGAACUCAAGCGAGAGGAAGGGUUCUUCACCCUCUCUCAAGAAGCCUACAUCACCAAUCUGGUGCGCUUGCAUGGUUUGGAUAUUGAUGUCAGUGCGGGCCUUCCUUGUCCCAAGGAGUGGAUUCAGGAGGGUGAGGCAGAGGCAGAGGAGGAGAACUACAGUUCUUCGGAGCUGAUGAUGGCUCAGAAGGUUACUGGAGAAUGCCUCUGGUUGGCUUAUCGUACACGCCCCGACAUCCUCUACGCCACGAACUAUAUGGCCGCAAUGACGACCAAACGACCUGUCAAGGUGUACCAGAUCGGUCUCAAGGUGAUGUCCUACCUGAAC